GCGAAACUCUGAACCUUUCUGAUCCGGCCCAGAAACAUUUCAAUUCCAUCCCGGUUGGUGCCAGGGUCCUCUGAGGGGUCCGUGCUGGGUGGCGGAGCCAUUUGGUGCGACAUCUUGAGUGACAAAUCCGCCCCACUUCCCGACGUGGCGGCAGUGGUGCGGUCGGCUUGAUGCGGCACGUUCUCCUGCCCCCGGCCCAUCCUGCCACUUCUUUUGCCGGCGAGCCGAGCAGCAACUUGCAUUCCUCCAGGCUUUAGAUACCGUGUCGAAGCUAGAUGUUAAGUACAGCCGCUUAGCACCAAUGUAAUGCUUCGAAUUGCUGACUUUGACUGUGACUUUGGGCCCAUCUGUUCCUGAUAAAUGUUUGUUUGACUUUUCCCCACAAGGAGCAUCCCUCACACGGGAACACGGUGUCGAUGGGGAAGCUGUUCCAGAUCCUGACCAAUGGUGAGACCUACACCCAAGAAGAUGGCCUCCGAGAACCUGCUUCGGAGCUACUCCAUAAUUCCCUGCUUCAUCUUUGUUGAGCUGGUCAUCAUGGCCGGUACGGUGCUGCUGGCAUACUACAUGGAGUGUACGGACACCUUCUCUGUGCAUAUCCAGGGCUUCUUCUGCAACGACGCUGAUCUUCUGAAGCCCUACCCAGGGCUGGAGGAGGACAGCUUUGUGCCUCCUCUCAUCCUCUACUGUGUGGUGGCUGCUGCCCCCACCGCUGUGAUUUUCAUAGGGGAGGUCUCCAUGUAUAUUGUGAAGUCGACGAGGGAGGCUCUCAUAGCCCAGGAGAAAACCAUUGUGACAGGGGAGUGCUGUUACCUCAACCCCCUCAUCCGCAGGAUUAUACGCUUCAUCGGCGUUUUUGCUUUCGGCUUGUUCGCCACGGACAUCUUCGCCAACGCUGGCCAGAUCGUGACUGGGAAUCUCUCACCAUACUUCCUGAAUGUGUGCAAGCCCAACUACACGGGCACAGACUGCCGCUCCAACCACCAGUUCAUCGCCAACGGCAACAUCUGCACCGGGGAUCAGGCGGUGGUGGAGCGAGCCAGAAGGUCCUUCCCUUCCAAGGAUGCAUCGCUCAGUAUUUACUCGGCUGUCUACAUGACGAUGUACAUCACCAGCACAAUAAAGACAAAAAGCAGCCGACUGGCCAAGCCGGCACUGUGCCUGAGCACCCUGUGCGCGGCGUUCCUCAUGGGCCUGAACCGGGUGUCAGAGUACCGGAACCACUGCUCCGACGUGAUCGCGGGCUUUAUCCUGGGAAGCACCAUCGCCCUAUUCCUGGGGAUCUGUGUCGUCCACAACUUCAAAGGCGUCCAUGCCGCCCCUGUCAAGCGGAAAGGGGAGGAGUACCGCGGCCUGCCCCUCAUGACCUUCCCGCGGGUCGAGAGCCCCUUGGAGACCCUCAGCGCACAGAACCACGCGGCGUCGAUGACGGAGGUCACAUGACUAAAGGGCCAGCACAGGGUCACGUUCGCCUCACCUCAACACCUCUAGACACAAAAGGAUUUUUGUACUGUGUCACACCCUCGGAAGAACAGUAUUAUGUUGUAUGUAGUUAGAAGCAGAUGUUUUUUUGUACAUUUUGUAUAAGGAAGUGCUGUAGUUAAUCCCACUGUCCGCUUUGAACUAUUACAUGGUCAAGAUUUAUGCAUCCCUUCUCUCCUUUUACAUUAUAGAGAAAAUAUAUAUAUAAUAUAUAUAUAUAUAUAUACGAAGAAGAUAUUGAAAUAUUGAUGUCGUUAUGGUGGUAUUUGUACGAGCAAAUCUUUUUAUUAUGGUUUCUGUAAAUCUUUGAUGAUUUUGUAUCAUUAUUUUUUGGUUAUCUCUGUACAAAAUUCAAUAUUUUUUGGCUAAUUCUUGCCUGCAAUUCCUCAGCAAUGUUUUGGUAUUCAUAUCUAGGAAAAAAAGUGAAAUAUUGUGUCAGCCUGAGUUCACGUUACAUGUUUUUUACUUUCGCAUGGAAGCAUACAAUCUUUAUAUCGCAGAUCGAACCCUAUUUGUACAUUGUUUUCUUAAAAGUUGGCAUUUCCUCUGAAAUGCUGUAUAUUUUUUCUUGAUUUUUACAUUUGUCCACAAAAUAAAUAGUCGGUAGCCUCA